GGUGUUGCUUGCUCGCCAUUUCCAUAGAGAACACAGCACCGCGGUCAGAGGCGCGACUGUCGUGAAGCACGGCCCAAAGCCAUUGCGAAGGCCGAAGAAUGCACACGGGCACACGCAGGGAGAAAGACCGAGGUAGAAAAGCUGGGUCUCUUCUCCUUUUUCACCUCGCCACAUCGCCACCGUCUUCUUCUUCUGUCCCACUCACUUCGAUCGAUCACUCGAGAUCACACUAAACUCGGCGUCUCUCCCGUACCGCACCGCGCACUCCUCGCAGCUGGAUCUCUCUCCCCGUGGUCGGGUCCGUGCUGGCGGUGGAGUUGAUCUUUUCUUCGCUUUGGCUGGUGCAAGUAAUGACCCCAAGGUCGUAGCUUGGUGAGCUGAGUUUGCACCACGGCCGGGAGGGGCAAGCCGGCCGGCGUGGGCGUCUAUAUUUCUUGGGAUGGACUUCGGCAACAGCGGCAGCUUGCAGUCGUCAAGCGGCGGCGGCGACGAGUUCGAUUCCAGAUGCGGUGGUGACUCCUCGCCGCUCUCCGCGCUGCUUCGGCAGCCGCCGCCGCCGCCCAACGUGGAGGCCUUUGGCGGCUCAUUCUACGGCCUCCAGGACCUCGCGACGCCGCCGCUGUCUCACUGGUCGUCGACGCCCCUCCCUGCCGGAGCUAGAGCCUCGCCCUCGCCGCCGUCGUGCCAUGGCGUGGCCGCCUCUGCCUCUCAGACGGCGGCGCCCGCGGCCCUGCAUGCCGUGGCUGCGCCGCCAAGGCGGUCGAGGAAGCGGACACGCGCGUCGCGGCGCGCGCCGACGACGGUGCUUACCACCGACACCUCCAACUUCCGCGCCAUGGUGCAGGAGUUCACCGGCACCCCCUCCGCGCCCUUCGCCGGCGCGUCCGCGCGCUCCCGCUUCGACCACCUCUUCCCUUCCCGCUCCGCCGCCGCUGCAAGACCCGCCACGCUACCGCCGUACCUCCUCCGCCCCUUCGCGCAGAAGCUUCACGCACCCGCCUACCCGCCGCCCUACGUCACCCCCUCCACGUCCUCGCCGGCGCCGGCUAACAUCUUCAUUUCAGCUUCCACCGGCCCAAGCACCACGGCCGUGGAAUCCAGCGACAGCUACCAGCUCGCGUCAUCGCCGUUCGCUCUUCUCGGGAUGCAGAAUCACAGCAGCAAUAGCCACCUUUCUUUCCGGAGCCCCCUAAUUGGCGGCGUUGGCGCACAGCUCGACGGCGACGCCAAGUACCCCGCUCACCCCUUAUUCGACAGAGGCUUAGCGCCGUCUGCGGCGAGGCUGCAGGAUCCAGCCGACUUUCUGGGUCUCACGCAUGGCAUCAUGAGCUCGGAUGGGACGCACUUGCACCCGCGAAACGGUGACCGCGGCCACGGCGAUGACGAGCUGUCCGGCCUGGUCGGUGGCGCGUCCAUUAUCGGGACCGGCGGCUGCAAGGCGACGUACUCGUCCGGCGCCAGCUCGGUCUCCCGCGCGUCGCCCCCGCUGGAGCGCAAUGCGUAGAGCACGUCGUCCAUCGGCGGCUCUGCGACAACGACGACGCCGGUGGCGGCAACGGCGGCCAUGAGAACGCAAGGCGCGGACUUAUGGGUCUGUACAUCAGAGUAGGUUACUUGCUUCCCUCCAAGAAUCCAAGUACAUGAUGAGAGCAGAUUGAUUUGUCCGGCCGGGUAGCUCUUUAGCUAUUUUUAUUUCCUUAAGUGGCUCGAUUACUUCUUGCUGUUCUUCAAUUUGCAUUCAUGUUUGUGCAGAUUAAACCAGAAAAGAUCAUAUCCUUGCUUUAA